AUUGCAGCUGAACGUUCAAUAGCAGCCAAUACACGAACUGAGCUUAUUAUCGGCGGCGAUACUUCUCCUUUGUCGUCGUCUUUGCUGCGCCUUUUGCGUUGUGAACUGAAUGAGCGGCGAGCGUUGCGUACAUUCAGUAUUAUUCUAUUCGUCUGCGAUAAAAGUUGCGAGUAAAUGCUUGGCUCUGUAUUUUGAUAGAUACAUAUGUACCUAUACCAACUAGAUAUGUUUCCAAUUUCAAUUUCGUGGUCUCUACUGGUAUCUGUUGGCAGUGUGUUUUAGCUUACGUUUUUUUUUUUAGUGCGGUCGUUGUUGUUGUGCGGUUUAUAUUUGCGUCGAUACAUCAGUUGAACGUCGGUGGUCGGUUCAAUCAGCUUAGCUACAGUUACUUACUUACAUACAUACAUACAUACAUACAUACAUAUGUAUUACAAUAUACUACAUAUUAUGAAAAGUGUGGAAAAACGUUGUUGCGGUGCCGGAAUUCAUUUGAGGAAAUAAUAAAACAAUGGUUAACAAUUCAAAGCAACAACAGCAACAUCAGAAACUAUCCACUGUGAAUUUGUGGCAUUUAUAUGUGUAAUAACAAGUAUACAUACGCAUACAUAAAAGAAUAAAUAGCAAAAUUCGUGUACGAAUACCAUAAAAGUGCGGAGAAAAAGUGAAAAGUAUAACAGUAAUAGCAACAAUUGUUAUUGUCACAAUAGUGCAAAUUGUAAAUUACAAUAACAAAGUUAUAACAACAUCCAGCGAGUUCUAAGCCCAUAGCAAAAUAUCACCAAAACAAGCACGUGCGCUGCAACAAUAACAACAAUAUCGCAGCUAAAAAAUUCUCCCUCAUAGGUGUCGCGCUGAACGGCCCCGGCCUAAGGGGCCAUGACGCGUUGGCCCUUUCAUUAUGUAUUAUUGCUCUCGGUGGCAGUAUUCUGUGUACCGGGUGUUAUAGCGUUGCGCGACGAACAAAAUAGGACCAUACUCAAUGUUGGCUAUCUAACAGCCAUUACGGGUGAGCUAAUGGACAAGCAGGGUCUGGCCAUUUCAGGUGCACUCACAAUGGCUUUAGAUGAGAUCAACGACGACGCCAAUUUGCUGCCAAAUGUUAGACUGCAACUGCGCUGGAAUGACACAAAAGGUGACACAGUAACUGCUACCAAAGCCAUAACCGAAAUGAUAUGCGAUGGCAUUGUGACGAUAUUCGGUCCGGAGGGUCAUUGCUAUGUGGAGGCUAUUGUAUCGCAAAGUCGCAACAUUCCAAUGAUAUCAUAUAAAUGCGCUGAAUACAGAGCAUCUGCCAUACCGACAUUUGCACGUACAGAGCCGCCAGAUACGCAGGUAAUUAAGUCAGUCAUUUCGCUAUUACGUUACUAUGGCUGGAAGAAAUUCUCCAUUCUGCAUGACGAGCUAUGGACGACAGUUGCCGAUUUGCUCAAAGAACAGGCGACCAAAAGGAAUAUGACAAUAAAUCAUAAGGAAUCAUUUCUAACAAAUAUGCCAAAAUGUUGUGCAUUAGGGUUGCCAUGCUGUCGUACCAGUUUCUGGUAUCAGACUGUACAAAAUACUAUGAAUCGUACCCGCAUCUAUGUAUUCCUUGGCUCGGCGAGCUCACUGGUCGACUUUAUGCUUUCCAUGGAAACGGCCAAUUUAUUCCUCAAAGGUGAAUACAUGGUCAUCUUUGUCGAUAUGAUGCCCUAUACACCAAAAGAAGCCGAAAAGUAUUUACGCAAACCGGAACAUGUGGAGGCGAUGAAGGUUUGCCAUGAGACGGAGAGUUUCAAGCAAUUGGCGCGCAGUUUGCUAGUCGUGGCGUCGACGCCACCAACGGACAGUUAUGAAGAUUUCACGGCGAGAGUGCGUCAAUAUAAUUCAAUGAAGCCGUUCGAUUUCGUUGUGCCAUCGUUAUUUUAUCAUAAUAAAUAUCUUAAGUUUGUUUCUAUAUAUGCCGCUUACCUCUAUGAUUCCGUUAAGCUCUAUGCCUGGGCGUUGGACAAAUUGCUGCGCCAGGAGGAGCGCAUACUAACGGAUGAUGUGAUAUACGAUGUAGCUAGUAAUGGAACUAGAAUAAUUGAGACUAUUAUCAAAAAUCGUACUUAUAGAAGUAUCACCGGAGCAACCAUUAAAAUAGACCAGAAUGGUGAUUCCGAAGGAAAUUUCUCCGUGCUGGCCUAUAAGCCACACAAACACUAUUUUAGUGAUAAUGUGUCCUGUAAUUCGCAUAUGGUGCCCGUAGCCUAUUUCCAACAAGGGGAAGAUAUUCCAGAAUACAAACUCAUAAAUGGCUCUGUACGCGUUGAUUGGCCUUCGGGCGGUGAUCGUCCAUUCGAUGAGCCGAUGUGUGGUUUCGCCAACGAGUUGUGCAAGAAAGACGAUCGACAUAUCACGUCGGUGGUAGCGGCUGGUGUACUUGGUUUGCUGUUAUUCUGCGCUGGAGUCAUCACUAUGAGCAUUUAUCGAAAGUGGAAAAUCGAAUUGGAGAUCGAGGGUCUGCUGUGGAAAAUUGACAUAUCAGAAAUAAAGGGCUACUCGGGCAAUGACAUUGUCGCAUCGCCAAGUAAGCUGAGUUUAGUGAGUGCCCAAUCGUUCGGUUCCCGUUGCUCAAAUCAAGUAUUCACCUCGACGGCACGACUGCGCGGCGCUGUCGUACGCAUCAAAGAGUUGAAGUUCUCACGAAAGCGCGACAUCUCGCGUGAAAUAAUGAAAGAAAUGCGUUUGCUGCGCGAAUUGCGGCAUGAUAAUAUCAAUAGCUUUAUUGGGGCUUGUGUGGAGCCGACACGUAUACUACUAGUCACCGAUUACUGUGCCAAGGGCAGUCUCUACGAUAUCAUCGAGAAUGAGGACAUCAAGUUGGAUGAUCUGUUUAUUGCUUCGCUCAUACACGAUUUGAUUAAGGGUAUGAUUUACAUACAUAACUCACAGCUGAUGUAUCAUGGCAAUUUGAAAUCCUCGAAUUGUGUUGUGACCUCACGUUGGAUGUUGCAAGUGGCCGAUUUCGGGUUGCACGAGCUGAGAAACUGUGCCGAAAGUGAAUCCAUAGGCGAACAUCAACACUAUAGAAAUCAAUUUUGGAAAGCACCCGAAUUGUUGCGUGACCCCAGCGUCUAUGGCACACAAAAGGGUGACGUCUAUGCAUUUGCCAUAAUUAUGUACGAGAUUGUCAGUCGCAAGGGUCCCUUUGGACAGGUGGCCUUCGAACCAAAAGAGAUAGUCGACCGCGUGAAAGAACUACCCAUGGAUGGUAGCAUACCGUUUCGACCCGAACUGGAGUGCAUAAGAGAACACGAGCUGUGCCCGGACUAUGUGUUGGACUGCAUUAAGGAUUGCUGGAGCGAGGAUCCAGAAAUAAGACCGGAUUUCCCCACAAUAAGGAAUCGUUUGAAGAAAAUGCGUGGUGGUAAAACCAAGAAUAUUAUGGAUCAAAUGAUGGAAAUGAUGGAGAAAUAUGCCAACAACUUGGAGGAAAUCGUCACCGACCGCACGCGUAUGUUGUGUGAGGAAAAACGAAAAACUGAAGACUUGCUGCAUCGUAUGCUGCCACGUACUGUGGCGGAGAAGCUGACAAUGGGUCAAGGCGUCGAGCCAGUGUCCUACGAUCUGGUCACCAUCUACUUUAGCGACAUUGUCGGCUUUACCGCUAUGUCCGCGGAGAGUACACCACUGCAGGUGGUAAACUUUUUGAAUGAUCUCUAUACGGUGUUUGAUCGUAUCAUACGCGGUUAUGAUGUGUACAAGGUGGAGACCAUUGGUGACGCCUACAUGGUGGUCUCCGGGCUGCCGAUUAAGAAUGGCGAUCGGCAUGCAGGCGAAAUCGCUUCCAUGGCGCUAGAUCUCCUGCACGCCGUUAAACAACAUCGCAUAGCACAUCGUCCGAAUGAAACGCUCAAAUUACGCAUCGGCAUACACACCGGUCCUGUUGUGGCCGGUGUAGUGGGUCUCACCAUGCCACGCUACUGCCUAUUUGGCGACACGGUGAACACAGCCUCACGCAUGGAAUCUAACGGCGAGGCACUGAAAAUACACAUAUCAGGUAAAUGUAAAGAGGCGCUGGACAAGCUCGGCGGUUACGUGACCGAGAAGCGUGGUCUCGUAUCGAUGAAGGGUAAAGGUGACGUAGUCACUUACUGGCUGACGGCCGCUACCGAGAAGGCUAUACAGAAGAAACCAGUCGACAUGACCGACAUGCCACCGCCACUCUUCUGUCGGCCACGUAAGAGUCCGAAACUUAACAGCGAUUCUCGUCAACCCAGCAUUGUAGGCAUGCACUACUACGCCGGUGGCUCGCGACGCACCUCAAUGAUACCGCGCACCGAUAUUGAGUCUAAUUAUAGCCUACAAGGUUCCACAUACCACGUGGCGCGCGAUUCACCGCAUUUAUCAUCGCGUCGCCAGGACCGCCCCUCACUGAAUGGGAUUGGUGGCAAUAGCAUACCGGAGCGCAUGAGUUACUAUGGCGGCUAUGCUGGCACUGGUGCUGGCGGAGGUGUGGGUUGUGGUGAUCGCAGUGGAAGUAUGGGUGAAACUUGCACGCUACUGGAUUCGGCGCACGCCUCACGCAACACGCUGGAGCAUUCCCAAACUGAAACGAACUGUGAUAAUGAUUGCGUAAAUGGGUAUGGUGACGCCGAUAGUGCUGGCGACAGUAGCGGUCUGAUUGGCGGCAUUGGUAUAACGAGCAUUAUUGGCAGUGCGCUGCAGGUAGGUGCACAACGAGCGCCACCACAUUCCGCCACCAGCUCACCCAGCCACAAACCUCUCGCCUUGGUGCGUCCACAUCGACGCAUCAUCAGUGAAAACCUGCCUGCCUCGGUCUCCAUACAGGAGUUCAGCGAUAUCAGCAGGCAUCCCACUGUGGCGCAAACGAUUUUGCUGCGUGAAACCCGCUCACUCGACCCCAUGCCAAUGCAGUUACGAAAGCGUCAUGAGCCCGUUAAAUUACCGCCGUCCAAAUUGUCUAAGAACAACUCGCGUUCGUUGGACGUAGUUACAGCGCUGGGCAUAAGGGAAAGUAAGACUACGAACUUCCAAAAUGCGAAUAUUAAUGGUAUUGAGGGCGACGAGGCGGAUGCGGAAGAAGCCGAGGACGUCGAGCCGGAUGUGAAUACCAAUAAUAUGGAUGGUGAAGACUACGACGACGAUGUUGGGCUGCUGAUGCGUGAUAACGGCGGUUUACGUUAUGGACACAGCGGCAGCCUGCAGCCGAGCAUAGUGCCCGUCGCAUCCACACUUUUAAAUCGUCGACGCAGUAGCAGUCAUGCCAGCAGCGCGUUAUCCAGCGGCAGUGCUUGUGACGGAGCUGGCCGGUCAACUGGUGCCGCAUUGCUGUCUUACAAGCAUCUUAAUAACAAUUGCAACGGCGGCAUGACCAUCGAAGAGGAUGCCCAAUCCCCGCUCCUACAGAGGCAGACAUCACUUACUAGUCCGCCAGACGAGAUUUUGGCGCUCAAGAAACGUUGGCAUUCCCUCGAAGUUCUCGAACACCCAAGCACAAAUAUAAUGACUCUCGGGAAUACCGUCAACAGCGCACGGCUUUGCGGUGACACUGGUCAUACUGCUCAUAAUAGCGUUAGCUAUGCGGCGGACAUCGAUGGUAGUCAAUCGGCAUCCAGCUCGGUGAUACCGGGCUCUACAACAACUACACGCAACGGCAGUACCUUCACGUCAUGGCUGUGGCGCAUUCUACAGGGUAGUGGCAAACGUGCAAACGAGGCAUCGUUGCGCCGCGUGGUGCCGAGCGGUGUGCAUGCGCCGCACGUCUUCAGCGAUAUGCCAACAUCAGCGGCGCUCGCGCGCGAUCGUGAAAGUAUCGUUUAGUGUAGCGGUGUAGACGAGGGGGAAGUGGUAAACAGUUUGAAACUGGCUUUUGUGUAAGAGUUUGUUGAAAAAUGUGUAAAAGGAGUAGAGACUUUGUAUGCAAAUAUUAUAUGGGCUAAAGCAUAGUAUGUUGGGGAGAAGGGAAGAGCGCAAUUAUUUUCCUCGCGAAGUCAGCGCAUCAGCGAACAACGCUGUGGGCAAAGUUUUUUUUAUGAGAAAUUAGAAGAAAGUACAUAUUUUUUAUUUCCUCUAAAAUUUUCCACACAUAUGUAUGUAUGUAUUGGAAAAAAGUCAAUAGAAAUGAUUUUUUUAUAAUUUUUUAUUCGCGGCGUUUUCUUAUUUAUUUAAACGCUACGAACGGAACACGCGUGCACUUUUUAACGGUGGUGCAGGAACUCUCAGGAAAAUAUGACGUUUCCAUAAAUUUUUCGUGUGCAAAUUGUUGGUAUUUUGAGAAACAGUUGUUGUAGUUCAUUCUAACAACAGCAAAACUAUUACAAAAUAUUGCAAAAAGAUGUCUCCAAAGAGUUUUUCUUUGUCAAACCAUAAAGCGUGUUUGUUUGAUACAAUUUUGGAAUGCAUAGAAUAUUCUUUUAGAAAACUUUGUAAAUACAGUUUUUUUUCAAAGUACAGCGCUUUUUGGUGGAACAUUUUUCAAACGAAAUUCAUUUGUGCAUAACUUUUAAAUUUUUGUUUUAAAAUCCUUUAUGUAAUAGGAUUUGAUCUCAAGCAGCACUUGUCGCACACACUUCCCACACACACAUACACACAACGAACAUAUUUCGCUAGAAAAAUUGUAGUAUAUUUCGCUCAAAGUGAAAUAUGCAUCAUUCGAUGUUUGAAAAUUUCUGCUAAUUUCAAACACAAAAUCACUACACCAAUUGACACGCUAAACAGAUCGAAAUUAUGAAAAAACUAAAGAAAUUUUAACAAAUAAAAAAAUGCAAAACUAAGAAAAAUUCAAACUAGAAGUAAACAAACAAAAAUUUAUCUAGUCAGCCGACACCAGACUAGUUUUGGUUAAAAUUAUAUAAAAGCAAAUGUGUAAAUUUAUACUAAAGUAGAAAAAAACAGUAAAUACAAAAACCGCAAUUUGCAUGUGUAAAUAUGUAAUCAACGCAUACAAGCAACACUUUUGUUUAUAUGUAUGUAUUUGAAUAUUUGUGCAAAUGAUAUACUUACAGUAAAUACAUAUGUGGAAUGUUUGAAGAAAUAUGCUCUAUACAUAUAAAUAUAUAUAUAUAUUUUUUGUUGGGACAUUUGGUCCUUUUGUGUCA